UAUUAUAUUUACAAUAAAUGUUUUUCGGAAUUCUGUUCAUUUUUUAAUUAUUUGCUAUUAAAUAAUUUUUAUAUAGCACGCCUAUGGUAAAGCGGAUAUCACCGUCCGCCAUAUGCAAUAACCAUCUUGGGCAUCAAACUUUUGUCUAUUCCUUUUUACUCUUAAUUCAAUGCGUGUCCGUGAUGAAAUUGGAAAAACUAAGAAUAACGAAAUCAGAAAAUACUAAAUAAACUUUUGUGUUAUAUAAGAUUUAAUUAUCCAUUUAUAUGAUUUUAAUAAAUCCCAGUUAUUGUCGACCUUCAUAGUAGUCUUUGACUAAUGUAUAACAAUGUAAACAAAAGAAGUAACAAAUGGCCGCUACCUGUCAAAGUUAUUCUAAGCAUUUAUUGCCAGUAGAGUUUGAUACUUUGUUAAGGUGUGUGAAAGUGUAAAAAUGUCUAAAUUUGAGAAUAUACACGAUUUUGAAUCGUUCCUCGAGAUGUGUACCCACGCAGUACAGGAAGGGUCGAUGGAAAAAAGAGACGAGCCGAAAUCCGUUUACGAAAAAUUGUAUAAUUUCGUAAAGAAUCAAGAGGAUGAAAUACAGCAAAAGAAAGAAUCUUUGCGAGAAUUGCAAUUAGCAGAAAAUAGAUUAUUUCAAAAAAUUAAUAACGCCUAUCAAAACGUCUAUGGUGUAAUUGAACAGAUCAAGAAUUUACAAGACACCAUAAAAACGAACGCGACAGAAUAUUCACAAAACUACGAUGAAUAUAAUAAGCAGACGACUAAACUUCAAGAAGAACUGCAAAAUCUCACUUCUAAAUUGGAAGAAAAUUCGUUAUCUGAUCAAAUUCGUGAGGUAUUGAAAGAAAUAGAAUCAUCCCAGGAAAAGGAAAGAGAAUUGGAAGAAGAAAUAAAAAUGAUUCUUUCUAAUCGGCGUACUGAUUUUUAUCAGCCAUCGGCUGUAUUACGAACGAUGAUUGAGGAAUUACGUGAGAUCGAUGAUAUUGAUCAAAUCACCAAUAUGAUAUCAGAAAAAGAGAAGGAUGUAAAAUAUCUAAAAAAGCACAUAGAACAAAGAAAUAUGUACUAGAAUGAAAUUUGAACGUACCUACUAAUUGUUUCCAAAUUUGUUAAAUAUUUCAUUAAAAUGUUCUAAUAAAAUAAUAAAAAUUUGUAA